UGGCAAAGCUUUGAUUCCCCAACCGAUACCAUCUUGUUCGGCCAGAGUCUCCGGAUCGGAGGUCCUACUAAGCUUGUGAGCAGGGCUUCCACGACGGAAAACGUUAACGGGGUGUAUAGYUUCGUAUUAGAGCCUAAAAGAUUGGCUUUGUAUUACAAGACCAUGCGUUACUGGUCAUCAUCCUUCACCGAAGUGAAUAACGCCAACGGGAAUUUGGUUAAUGCGACGUUAGAAAUUGCGGAAACGGAAUACGUGGAUAACUAUUUUAACUCGCUCCGCUGCCGUCUCUCCAACUCCGAUGUAGAACCUACUCUAGAUCUCGGCAUACUCCGAUACAACAGCACGCUAUCGUAUAUCCGGCUGGGCAUCGACGGGAAUUUAAGAUUGUACAGUUAUCGUCAAAACACCCGCGGAAACGCGUGGAGCUUGUUGUUCACUUUGUUCGACAGGGGGGUUAGCGAGACGGGGGAGGAAAUCGAAGACGAGUGCCAAUUGCCUGAUCGGUGCGGGAAGUUUGGGCUUUGUGAGAAGAGCCAGUGCGUUGGGUGCCCGUCGGCGGAGGGGGUGUUUGCGUGGAGCAACGAUUGCGUUGCGAAGUUGCCGGGAUGCGAGGCGAGUAGUUUUCGUUAUUACGAGCUCAAAGGGGUGGACCAUUUUACGGUGAAAUACAGUGCGGGGACGGGUCCGGUGAAUCGGAGCGAUUGUGAGAGCAAAUGCACGAAGGAUUGCAAGUGUUUGGGGUAUUUCUAUCACACAGAUGGAUCCAGAUGUUGGAUUGCUUACGAGCUGAAAACAUUGACGAGGGUUGGGAAGUCGAGUAGUAUGGCGUACAUCAAAACCCCCAUCCAAUAAUCGGGUUCCAGAAAAUGCAUGAGAAUAAGCAGGUUGAAGGUGAAGAAAUGCAGUUGUUUUGUUCUUCUUCACCCUUGAUUUCUUUGGGUGUUUAUUAAAUAAUGAAUUCCAUGUGAUAUCUUGAUUCGCAUGAAAUCAAAAUAGAAAA